AUGGCUCUUCUCAAUCAUUCCCUUAUCUCUCUUGAUCCCGACUUCGACCCAGGUGUCGACCGCAUCAGUGGGCCAACUGCUCUGCCUCCGCUCCCCGCGGUGCUGGGUGCGGACUGCAUUCAGACCCCAGUGAUAGAAAGCGCGGCGAAGCCGACUUCAGCUGGCAAUGGGGAAACUGUGGUCGAUGUUGGCAGCACUGCGGACGUAGUGGCUGCAUCUGUGGCUCCGGGAAAGACUUCGCAGGAGUCAGGGGUCGGUGUCGAUGCUACUGCUCUAGCAAUGGCUCUCACCAACUCUGUGUCUGCGGCGCCUGCUUCUCAGAGCUCAACUGUAUGCGGCGCUCAACGACUGCCUCCUUCAACGCCGCCUUGGCAGCAGGAGAUGUUCAGGCUGCUGCUGUGGAGUCAGGCUCAACGACGACAGUGGACAACAACUUUGCAUUGUCAUCUCUUGGUGGCACCCCUCAGCAAACAGGGGGAAAGUGUUGCGGCGCACCGCUCGCGUACCGACGCAAAUGCAGGUAUUAUGGCGAAGAAACUGGUGGCCCUGCAGUCGGAUGUUGCCUCCCGCGAUGUUGUGAUAACUCAGCGGUUGCAAGAGGUGACCUUGUUGUCCACGGAGCUGCGUGUUCAGUCGGAAGGCGCCAAGAGUUCGCUGGAUUCGAUGGGUCGCCAGGUUCAAGACAUCCAAUCUAAUCUCACCGAUGUUUACACGACAUUGGGCGCCUCCGUUCGAGCGGGCAACGCCCUCCUUACCAGAGUGGACAACUUGACUGAAAGGUUGGAUUCGGUCGUUGCGGCAAUGGAUCGUCUCUCUCGCCUUCCAGCAGUCAGUACCGCGAGUGCCUUGCCUGCCGCAACUGCCUCUUUACCCCAGGUGGCCACUAGCUCCAAUCCACCUAUCACUCGCUCGUUUAAUGAUGCCUUCCCCGCGGCCCAAGUCAUGGACUCGAUUGCACCUGAACCGAAGUCCAAGAAGCGAAAUACUUCCUCAGCAGGUCCUUCAGCGGGUAAUGCACCUAAUAACGGGCGGGUGGAUGUUCUCGUUGCUGGAGUAUCAAAGCAAGGGAAUGCUUUGCCGUUGGCACUGGGGCUGGUGGCUUGUUUCCCUUCAAUGGCUGGAAUCAAGCGACCGGUGCUUUCGGCAGUACGUGUCGAGGGCCAUGACGAGACGAUUAGUAUCCGCUUCAACUCUCACGCAACAGCGCAAACGUUCCUGUGGAAAAUGCUUCAUGAACAGCCGGCGGAUGCGCGUGGUCAGAGAAUGUCGGCAUCGUUGGCUCCGGUGGUUACAUCUGACCCUUGGGCUAAACUGCGUGGAGACGCUUCUGGACUUGCAAUCUCCUGUUGGAAUAUACAUGGAAAUUUGCCUCUGAAAUUGACGCAAGCAGACAUCGUCGCGCUUAUUGAGGCUAAUGACGUGGUAGCUUUCCUGGAGACAUGGAUGCGUCAGGAAGAAGAAGAGAGUCUGCCAAUUCCAGAUGGAUACGAUGUGGUGGUGCGUUCCCGAGCGGACUAUGAGGAUGGUUUGCAGCAGCAUGGCGGGUUGGUGGUAGUGCUGAAAGCAGACCUAAUGUUCACAGUGCUCGAAGAUUUGUCCACAAGCGAGCAAAUUGUUCUCGACUUCUCUUACUUCUAUGUGGUUUUUGCAUAUCUCUGCCCCGAGGGUUCCGACUGGGAAAAAUGGACUGACAUGGAUCCUAAGGAGCGAAUCGCGGAGGCUCUGGCUUACUGUCGCGUCAAUCGGCGGAAACGGUGCUAUUGGCUCGGGGAUCUGAAUUGUCGUACGGGUUCGGAAAACACAACAACUGUUGUCUUGCCUCGCUCGUCUGUCGAUGUAGUACUGAACACGCGCGGUCGUUGGUGUCUGGGUCUGGGCGGAGAGCUGGAUUUGGUGAUUCUGAACGGCUCGGAGUACGACGCUGAUCAGCCUGGCAAAUGGACUUCCUUUCAAGCAAUGGGGAAUUCAGUAAUCGAUUACGCUUGGGUUUGCACCGAUGCGGUCACACAAGAAACCAAACCCAAAUUCGUGGUGAGCGAUAAACUGCGGAGAUGGUCCGAUCAUGCAGUAAUAUCGUUGUUUGUGAAUGAAGAGGUGGACAUUGUCGCUAUGGAUUACUCGGCAGACAUGUACCCGCAGCCACCUCCACGCAACAAUCCCGACCCCCACCCUGAAUUGGAUGCGUUGGUGGACUGGGCCUUGCGCUCCGCACGCUCCGCAGAGCAGCAGAAUAUCGAUUUCUUUGGAGAGGUGGUGGUAUCGACCUCAGCGUUAAGUGUCUAUAUUGCCGCGGGGGUCUCGGGACGGGGAAUGGAUACAAAGUCUUGUGGGGUACUCUUCAUGGGUGACUCGGCCGCAGGAAACAGAGCUUUUGGAGUGCCAGGGCGCCAAACGGAAGCUCGUGCAUUACUGAUGGCCGUGGCAGUCCUGGCUUCGACAACACCGUCUUACCGCACGUUAAUCGUUUACUCGACUUCACGAUACAUCAUCCGCUUGUUCUGCUACUGGGCCGGGAAAUUGGCCACACGGGCCUGGGACUGUGCAAAUCCAGACUUGGUGCAACUGGCCGCAGAACACUUGCGUGGGAGAGCGGCUGCUGUAGAGUUCCGCCAUAUUCCUGCCACAGAAGCACCGACAAACGCACACUGGCGACGCGCGAAAGCAAUGGCCCUUCGCGGAGCGCGCAGUAACACGACAGUGGUGAACUUGGGCAUACCGAGGGUGAAACCUGUCAAUAUUGACAAGCCAGUUCCGUCUACUACAGGUAGCGCUAAGAUCUGGUCAGCACUGCCAGAGGUAGACUUACGGGAGCGACGGGUAGUGAGGUUGUCGGACUUACCGGAAGAGCAUGAGUCUCACCGUGGGCGUGCUGCGGAGAGAGAGGCUCAGAGAAAGAACCUGGAAGUGCUGGUUAAUGCAGAGUCAAGUGCCGAAUGGUGGAAAACCAUACGGCGAUGGACAGAUCCGAAGCCGCGCACUGCCCGCAUCACUGUGGUCCAGCUGAAAGAGGACUAUGCUGUCCGUAUGAACCCGCCAGAUGUUCUUCCUCCCCAUUUUGAUGCUGAGGCUCAUCGGUGGAACGCGUGCAUGGCUGGGCUGAUACCGACACGCACAACGGACCACUCGCCGAAGAGAAACACGGGGCAAAAAGCGCUUCGGGUGUCGAUGGAAUAA